GGGCGGCGCGCCGGCUGCGCGGGGGCGUGGCCUGCGGCCAGACUGCGCCGCGGGGCCGGCCUUUGGUGAGGUGGCCGCCGCGCUCUCGGCCCGCCAGGCUGGGCGUCCGCGCCAGCCGCCGCUGGCUUCCAGACAGCGACAGGGCGACCUGUUGGAGUGCGAGAGUCUGCGGGCCCCUGCCUCCGCCGGUCUCGCUUAUUUCGACCGGACCGUUCUGCGGGCCGCGGAGGCCUUCUGGGUUUGCUCAGGACCUGAGUGUUCAUUCCAGUAUGUCGGAGGGAGAGUCCCAGACAGUACUCAGCGGUGGCUCAGACCCAAAAGUAGAAUCCUCCUCUUCAGCUCCUGGCCUGACUUCAGUGUCACCUCCUGUGACCUCUACAACCUCAGCUGCUUCCCCAGAGGAAGAAGAAGAAAGUGAAGAUGAGUCUGAGAUCUUGGAAGAGUCACCCUGUGGGCGCUGGCAGAAGAGGCGAGAAGAGGUGAAUCAGCGGAAUGUACCAGGUAUUGACAGUGCAUACCUGGCCAUGGAUACAGAGGAGGGUGUGGAGGUGGUGUGGAAUGAGGUACAAUUCUCAGAGCGCAAGAACUACAAGCUGCAGGAGGAAAAGGUCCGUGCAGUGUUUGAUAAUCUGAUUCAGUUGGAACAUCUCAACAUUGUUAAGUUUCACAAGUACUGGGCUGAUGUUAAAGAGAACAAGGCUAGGGUAAUUUUUAUCACAGAGUACAUGUCAUCUGGGAGUCUUAAGCAAUUUCUGAAGAAGACCAAAAAGAACCACAAGACUAUGAAUGAAAAGGCUUGGAAGCGCUGGUGCACACAAAUCCUCUCUGCCCUAAGCUACCUGCACUCCUGUGACCCUCCCAUCAUCCAUGGGAACCUGACCUGUGACACCAUCUUCAUCCAGCACAACGGACUCAUCAAGAUUGGCUCUGUGGCUCCUGACACUAUCAACAAUCAUGUGAAGACUUGUCGGGAAGAGCAGAAGAAUCUACACUUCUUUGCACCUGAGUAUGGAGAAGUCACUAAUGUGACAACAGCAGUGGACAUCUACUCCUUUGGAAUGUGUGCACUGGAGAUGGCCGUGCUGGAGAUUCAGGGCAAUGGAGAGUCCUCAUAUGUGCCACAGGAAGCCAUCAGUAGUGCCAUCCAGCUAUUAGAAGACUCAUUACAGAGGGAGUUCAUCCAAAAGUGCCUGCAGUCUGAGCCUGCUCGCAGACCAACAGCCAGAGAACUUCUUUUCCACCCAGCACUGUUUGAAGUGCCCUCGCUCAAACUCCUUGCUGCCCACUGCAUUGUGGGACACCAGCAUAUGAUUCCAGAGAAUGCGCUGGAGGAGAUCACAAAAAACAUGGAUACCAGUGCAGUACUGGCUGAAAUCCCUGCAGGACCAGGAAGAGAACCAAUUCAGACUUUGUACUCUCAGUCACCAGCUCUAGAAUUAGACAAAUUCCUUGAAGAUGUCAGGAAUGGGAUCUACCCUCUGACAGCCUUUGGGCUGCCUCGGCCUCAGCAGCCACAGCAAGAGGAGGUGACAUCACCUGUUGUACCCCCCUCUGUUAAGACUCCAACACCUGAGCCAGCUGAGGUGGAGACCCGUAAGGUGGUGCUGAUGCAGUGCAACAUUGAGUCAGUGGAGGAAGGAGUCAAACACCAUCUGACACUUCUGCUGAAGCUGGAGGACAAACUGAACCGGCACCUGAGCUGUGACCUGAUGCCAAAUGAGAACAUCCCUGAGUUGGCAGCUGAAUUGGUGCAGCUAGGCUUCAUUAGUGAGGCUGACCAGAGCCGGCUGACCUCCCUGCUUGAGGAGACCCUGAACAAGUUCAAUUUUGCCAGGAACAGCACCCUCAACUCAGCCGCUGUCACCGUCUCCUCUUAGAGCCAGGCCCCUAUCUGAGCUGUGGCUGUCCUGAAUGUGCUGCAGCCCUCCUGCCCCUAACCCCCCCUCCCCCAGUCAGUAUUACCCUGUGAAGCCCCUUCUCUCCUUUAUUAUUCAGGAGGGUCUGGGGGCUCCCUGUUUCUGAGCAUCAUCCUACCCCUUCCCCUCUCUCCCUCCCCUCUGCACUUUGUUUACUUGUUUUGCACAGACGUGGGCCUGGGCCUUCUCAGCAGCCGCCUUCUAGCUGGGAGCUAGUAGCCGACCUGCUGGCUCCCGCCCAGCCUGUGUGGACAGGAGGCCCACGGGCACUGGGGGAGCCGAGUUCUACAAUCUCGCUGGGGCUGAUGGGCAGGAGAGGUGGUGCUGCAGUGGUGGUCCUGGGGGGCCAUUCGAUUCGCCUCAGUUGCUGCUGUAAUAAAGUCUACUUUUUGCUAAAAGCGUCGUGUGCUUGCUUCUCGCUGCACAGGGGCAGUGGGCGGUGACCAUAGCCUUGCGCAAGACCUGCUUGGGCCGGAGGGCGGGGCCUAAGUGGAUCUGCCCAGUGGCCGCCUAGGAGGCUGGGCCUCAGGUGGACGGCGGGGCGGGGCCGGGCUCGAGGGCCAGAGGCGGAGCCAGGCCCAGGUAGUGCCGCUCGGCGCGGCACUGAGCGGCGCGAACACGGGAUGAGGGAC